AAUCAACCCUUAAGAAAGUCAGAGAACGGUAACUCGUAUCCGGCCAAAACACUACUAAACCUCAACUUGCCUCAACAUUGCAUAGAAACCAGACAAGGGUGUGUGAGAACAAAACCCAUCGAGUGACAGAAGCCAAUACUGUAGUGGGACCAUUGACAUUUGACCCCAUCCCCAAAAAGUGAAGCGACUACACUGCAGUACUCACUGGCUGGUAACACAACGAAACAACGGUAAAAACACUAGCAGAGUCCCACCUCUUCACUCUCAAGAACAUCCAUUGGGCAACCUCAUCCUGCAGCAAAUGUCUCUCAAAAGAUAGCAAUUGGAUUUAUCGAAAUCUAAUUUGCCAUCUCAUCCCUUUGAAUCAUCCUUGUUAGAGGAUAUCAUCAAUCGUCGUACCGAAGAGCAGUCAAACAAACAACAGCCAAAGAGAGAGAGGUCUAUUCCGCGUACCGCCGAAUUCAAAAAGCCUGGCUAGUGGUAGUGGCGAGGGCUUCCCACAAGUAGAGAGAGAGAGACAAGUGUGUGUGUGUGGUGUGUGGUGUGUGGUGUGUAGGAUUGACAGAGAAAGGUAACAGAGGCCAUCUUAAGUUAACUUAACCCACGAGAAGAAGAAGGAGAGAGAGAGAGAGAGGAGAGAGAGAACCUAACCAUGGGGAUCUUUCGCUUCUAUGCGGUCAGGGCGCUAACCCUACUGUUGUCCGCCUUGUCGGUGGCAGCUGCCAGUGAUACUGGUGCUACCGGUACCGGUGCUGCUGGUGCUAGUGCUAGUACUACGAUUAGUAAGGAGCAGAAAGCUGCCUUACCAGCGGCGGGUACUUGCAUGUUAAAGACAAACUACGAAGCCAACCAACAGGAGAAGAACACGCGUGAAGAAGCCCAGAAACUUCCCGAUCAAUGCAUGCCAAUGUACGUACCGGGACUGUCGCCGGGGGAAGACGCGCUGGCUCAGGCUUGUUUCACCUAUGUCCAACAAGACGGUACCCUCAAGGUACACAUGAAGGCGAAUGACGACGGUCUAGUCCUCGAUGAUACCCUCUUUUGGGCCGGAUUCGAUCUGAGCAAGCUACCCCUAGCAGCUGGGACCAAGGACUACACUCCCGACUUUGGCAGUUCCGUCUUUUCGUCUUAUCAUCAUCAUCACUCGGACCAAACAGGCAGCACUGGUACUAGUAGCACUGGUAGUACCCUCGAGUUUACUCACAACAAGCUACCCAAGCUACCUUCCUGUAUCGAGCAAGAUUUCCCCAUUUACAUCAGUGUGCGAUCACAAGUCGGAAAGGCCAAGUUGAAGAAGCGUUAUCCCACACGCUUGACCCUCAAGCCCGAACGACCUCAUUACACUACCAAGGUCACGGUCCGGUGUGCCUGUGCUGACAGUGACAAGAAUCAGGAGCUAUCCCAAGAAGAAGCCAGGCGCAGGGCCAUGGGAUACUACAACCCAGAGUACGGAAGCACUACCGGAGACAAAGACAAGGCCGCAGGCGAGAGCGACCAAGCCAGGGAUUUGAGAGGGAAUUUUGGCGACACCCGUGGCUACCCUGUCGCUGUAUCCGACGAAGCCCAAACUACGAAUCAUGAGGACUGCCCGGCUGCGCAGCCUCCCAUUGACAGUGUGUGUAGCUUUGGAGCAAAGGAGUGUGCCUAUGGAACCGAGAUUUGCUGUGAUGGUUCCAAGUACGACAGUUUCGUGGCGAAGUGCAUAGAUGGAGUCGUCCAGGGAUUCAACACGGAUGCUUGCAUGACCGUGGUAUGCCCCAUCAAGCUAGCUGUGGGUGGCAAAGACCCCGAACCUACGGAACCGAACGAGCCUGGCCGAGACUUCCCCGGUUUCCCUAAUCCGCCUGGAGGUGAUUACACUGCCGAUGAUGGAGGCGCGCCUGACCAAGUUUACCCUUUUCCUCCCGAUAUUUUCACCGGUGACGGAAAUGAGACUGGCCUAGGUGAUUAUACCGACGGUUGGAAUGUGACUGGCCCAGGUAACUAUACUUUCGGUGGGAAUGGCACUGGUGGUCCCCCUGAUGUGGUGGUAGACAUCACACAUCCUUAUGGUAAUCUUGGUGACGAAUUUCUGGGCCAAGGAAAUGGUGCACCACCUUUCGGAGGAAGCAAUCCAGGUGAUCCUGAUAUCGGGGUAGACAUCACACAUCCUUAUGGUAAUCCUGGUGACGAAUUUGGUCCGGGCCAAGGAACUCCGGGUCCUCCUGGUGCACCACCUCCUGGAGGAACCAAUCCAGGCGGUCCUGAUAUCGGGGUAGAUAUCACGCAUGCUUAUGGUAAUCCUGGUGAAGAAUCUCCUCAGGGGGGUGCUACCGGUACUCCACCCGAUGGUGUUCCUUCCGAUCUUUCACCUGAAGUUUUUGAGAACAUGUUUCAAGGUGUGAUUGAUGACAUCAAUGGUACUGACGCUGCUGGUCAAGGCUUUCCCAACCCCUUUGGUCCUGGGGGUCCUAAUCCUCCAGCAGGGGGAAUUCCAGGCAACCCCUUUGGUCCUGGUGGAGUUCAAGAAUUGCCUGGCUUUCCAGGAGGUGACUACACUGCUGAUGGAAAUGGAACUAGUGGAAUACCAGGCAACCCCUUUGGUCCUGGACCAGGCGGAGACUACACUGCUGAUGGAAAUGGAACUGGCCCAGCUUUUCCGGGUGCACCGCCACCCGGAGGAAGCAAUCCAGUUGAUCCUGAUAUGGUGGUAGACAUCACACAUCCUUAUGGUAAUCCUCCUGGUCAAGGAGGGCCUUUCCCAGGGCCCCCCAAUGGCCCUUCGGGCGCUGACAACUCCACUGGAUCCAUCUCUCUCAAUCUCGAAUGUGGCAAAACUAAGUGCUUCCCAAUGCAACCAGGCCCUGAAGGGUCGGUACCGGCAAAAGUCUGUUUGAAACUGGAUGGCUCUACAUUAAACGUGACUAUUAGAGCUGGUCCGUUGGUGGCAUUGAUCAUGAAUGAGUUCUGGCUUGGUAAUUUUAGUGGUAAGGAUGGAAUCGAUGAUGUUCCUUUGGUGGAUGGCAAUUUGGAUUUCGGAAAGAUCGAGAAAUACAAUGGAGAUAUGAGUGGCGAAGCAACGGCAGGCUGGUUAGUUGACAUCACAGGUUACUGUCUAGAUGGGUUACAUGCGCACCAUGUUGCUGCUGUGUGCCAUUCAUUGGUUGAGGGAUUCGAUGCGAACGGCAAUCUGGACGAGGCAGCUAGUCAGAGCCUGUUUGCCGCCAUGAAGGACAACCCUAAUGUGAAUGCGCCCUGGUUUGGUUGGUUGGACUUGGAGAUUCCGUGUGACUGUGGAACCAAUGGAGAAAGUUCUCGAAGACUUCGUGGCGGUGGAGGCAGCAAGUGAUGGCAUGAUAGCGAAGAGUCACAAGGAAAACCUUGCUACUAGCCGAAACGAAGUUUUCUUUAUAGGAAAGAAAAUCUUUUACUAAUUACAUGUAUACGCAC